AUGACAAUGGCCGAGACAACCACAGCGACGUGUAUCUGCGGCAGCAUCAAGAUCACCACCACCCAGCUGCCGCACGCGACUGCCAUAUGCCACUGCACAGACUGCCGCAAGUUCACUGGCGCCAUCGGCGCAUUCUACGUUUCAGUCCCGCGCGACCGCGCGACUAUCACAGGCUCGCCGAGCGCGUACACCAAGAAGGCCGAUAGUGGGCGGUGGAUCACCCGCAGCUGGUGUGGGAACUGCGGCUCAAACCUGUUCGACGUCGCUGAGAAGCAUCCCGGACUGCUCUUCCUUCACGGAGGCAUCCUCCCAGUCGGAAGCAUCCCCGAGCCCAACAUGGAGAUGUAUGUGCGCGGCUGUGAACGCUGGGAGGCGCGAUACCCGCACUGCAUCGUGUUUGGCGGAGACGUGUUUGAAGGCGAGACGUUUGAAGGCGAGACGGCGACAUGA